GCUGCAAGCUGUUCAUACCGAGCCAUGUCCUCCCAGUCCUCUGGCGUUCCGAGCUGACCUUGGCGUCUGUUCCCAUGGCCUGCCAUGGAUGCGGAUGAUGCCAGCCAAUCGCCAAGCAGGCCCAGCGGCAUGUCCAACCUCGCCGCUGCGAGCGCCAAGCAGGUGGUGCGCGGCCGCCGCUGGCUGCGAGCUCUGCAGGGCGCGGUGGACUCCACGACGCAGAGCGUUGGCAGCCAAGGGGCCAAGAUGCUGGCCAAGGGCAGCGAGGCCCUGGCCUCGGUGGACCAGCGCCUGGGCCUCUCGGAGGGUUUGUCGGAGGCGGCCUCGGCCGCGGAGCAGAAGCUGCGGCUCUCCCAGCGGGUGGCUCAAGCAGAUCAACGACUACAGCUCUCCGCCCGGGCCCAGGAGCUGUCACAGGAACUGUCGCAAGACUGGCAAGCGCUCAGAGACAAAGCGGACUCUCAGCAAGGGAAGCUGUUUGCCAAGCUGAACAAAGCGAUGGUUCGCGCAGCGGCAACGCUUCCGUCGCGGCAAAUUGCGCAGGCUUUGGACCCCCAGGCGCUGUGCUUCUACGACGCAGGUGACCUGCCGGGCGCUGCCGGACUGGUGGCGCUGACCAUCGACGAUGCGCCCUGCCGCCGGGCCGAGACCUCCAUGGUGCCUGAGGUGAAGGAGCUGCUGGGCAGCUUCGACGCCACGGCCACCUUCUUCCUCUGUACAGACACAGUCCCCGGCCACGAGGAAGCCUUGAUCGAUUUACUCCGUGCUGGCAGUGAGGUAGCGAACCAUUGCUGCUCAGACCAGCCCUACGGCGGCCUGCCUGAGCCGGACUUCCGGGUGGCCUUUCACCGGGCAGAGAACGUGUGCGAGGAGCUUCGUGCACGCGCACGUGUGGGGCCAGAUGCGGAGCCUUCUGAGAGCGCCGUGCCGCCAGAGGCGAUGAGCCAACCCUUCCGCUGGCAGCGUGGCUAUGGGUUCGGCCGUUUUGUUCCGCGGGUUGAGCUCUCGGCCUGCGGAAGCGAAGGUUCCGCGCGCCCCAUGCGGAUUUGAGCUCUGCCAUGCAGAAGGUCUUGACCGAGGAUGGUUUCACAAAUGUGCUAUGUGAUAGCUUCGCGAAUGACACGCAGAUCAGUGAUCCCGCAUUCAUUGCAAGAACGCUACUUUCCAUGGUCGACCAACAGGGUGGCUCGAUCAUUGUGAUCCACAUGCCUGAGCGAGGCUUCCGAGAGCACAACUUUGAAGCUCUUCGGCUCCUUCUGGAAGGCCUUCGGGAGCGGCGCUUGCGGGCGGUCACGGUCACAGAGCUGGCACAGGCCGCCGCCAGGAUUGAGUGAUGCUUUGCAUGCCAACUAGGAAGCAGUUUGCCACAAAGAUGGCCUCGAGCACUCGCGUCGAGCUGCUGAAACAAGAAACCGAACCGCGCUUGCCAGCUGUGUGAGCAAGCUGCUUGCAUUGAAUUUAUGAGGCUAGCAUUUCAACCUGAUACCGCUCUGCUGCAUACCUCAACCCUCGCCGUACUUUUUACACACAAG